AUGUCUCGUCGGACAUCGGCCAUGGCAUCCAGCGAUUCUUCCAGUGGUGUCCCACCUUCCGGUGAUGGAGGCCAAGAAAAGCAGAAAAUGCUUCUUUCCUCUGAUCAUGGACAUUUCAGCAUGGUGAAGGCUAUGCAUCUUGCCGAUCUGAUCACUGAAAUGAAUGUCAUGUCGGUGUUCUCCUCCAUGCGCUACUGUCUCGGCGAACCGACUGAAUACGGCGCCAUCUGGGCGGCCCUGGCUUUCAUGCCAUUUGGUCUGUUCUUCGACUUCAUGGAUGGCAAGGUUGCACGGUGGCGCAAGAAGUCGUCCCUCAUGGGACAGGAGCUCGACUCUCUCGCGGAUCUGAUCUCUUUCGGUCUCGCCCCCGCUGCCGCCGCGUUUGCACUAGGUAUCCGCACCUCGCUUGACCACGUUUUCCUCACCUUCUUCGUUCUCUGCGGUCUUACCCGUCUUGCCCGGUUCAAUGUGACCGUGGCUGUGCUGCCCAAGGACAAGAGCGGGAAAUCAAAAUACUUUGAAGGCACCCCUAUCCCGACGACACUCUCCAUCGCCGCUCUCAUGGCAUACUGGGUUUCCCAAAAGUGGACCCACGAAAACAUUCCUCUUGGUCUCUUCGCGGAAGGCACCAUUUUCGAGUUCCACCCCGUCGUUCUGAUGUUUGUUCUGCAUGGAUGCUUCAUGGUCAGCAAGACUAUACACAUUCCCAAGCCAUGA